AUGUUGGCCUCUGUCUUCAUGGCCGCACUUCUGCUGGUCUGCAUCUCUGUCCUGGUCCUGCUGUCCGUCCGGCGGCAGUGGAAGGACCGGAGCAAGAUGCCCCCCGGCCCCACGCCCCUCCCUUUCAUCGGAAACUUCCUGCGUCUGGACACCAAUCAGAUAACCAACUCACUCCUGAAGAUGAGACAGAAAUACGGGCCGGUGUUCACCGUGUACCUGGGGCCGCGGCCGGUGGUGGUCCUGUGUGGCUACCAGGCGGUCAAGGAGGCUCUGCUGGACCAGGCUGAGGAGUUCAGCGGGCGCGGGGAGCAGGCCACAUUCGACUGGAUCUUCGAGGGUUUUGGUGUGUCCUUCAGCCAAGGCGAGCGAGCCAAGCAGCUGAGGCGUUUCUCCAUCACGACUCUGAGGGACUUCGGCAUGGGCAAGCGGGGCAUCGAGGAGCGCAUCCAGGAGGAGGCCCAGUACCUCGUCGAGUCCUUUCGGGACACUAAAGGCACCCCCAUCAGCCCCAUCUUCUUCCUGAGCCGGGCGGUCUCCAACGUCAUCAGCUCCAUCGUGUUUGGGGAUCGAUUUGACUACAAGGACAAAGAGUUCCUGUCUCUGCUGCAAAUGAUAAACUCAAGCUUCCAGUUCACGUCCUCGUCCACUGGACAGAUCUUCGACAUGUUCCACUGUGUGAUGAAAUACCUUCCGGGACCCCAGCAGCAGGCUUACAAGGAGCUGCAGGGUCUGGAGAAGUUCAUAGUCAAGAAGGUGCAGGAGAACCAACAGACCCUGGACCCCAACUCCCCCCGCAACUUCAUCGACUCCUUCCUCAUCAAGAUGCAGGAGGAAAAGGACAACCCCAACACGGAGUUCUUCCAGAAGAACAUGGUCUUGACAACCCUGGCCCUCUUCUUCGCCGGCACCGAGACGGUCAGCACCACCCUGCGCUACGGCUUCCUGCUGCUCAUGAAGUACCCAGAAGUGGAAGCCAAGGUGCACAAGGAGAUAGAGCAGGUCAUCGGCCACAACCGUCCCCCAAGAUUCGAGGACCGUGUGCAGAUGCCCUACACCGAGGCCGUGAUCCACGAGAUCCAGAGAUUCGGCGACAUGAUUCCCAUGGGUGUCGCCCGCCGCGUGGUGAAGGACACCAAGUUCCGGGGAUACCUGAUCCCCAAGGGUACGGAGGUGUUCCCUAUGCUUGGCUCCGUGCUUAGAGAUCCCCAGUUCUUCUCUGCCCCUGAGGUCUUCGACCCCGGCCACUUUUUGGACGUGAAGGGCCAGUUCAAGAAGAGUGAUGCCUUUAUGCCCUUCUCGGUUGGCAAGCGGUACUGCUUUGGGGAGAGGCUGGCCCGCACGGAGCUCUUCCUCUUCCUCACCACCAUCCUGCAGAAUUUCCGUCUCAAGUCUCCCCUGAGGACCGAGGACAUCGACAUCUCUCCCAAACUGGUCGGCUUCGCCACCAUCCCCCGCGACUACGAGAUCAGCUUCCUGCCCUGCUGAGCUGGUGGGGGUGGGCUGCGGGGAA